GCCCGCCGCCCGCCACGUGAUGCGCCCAAGCCCCUCCGCUCUUUGUUUAUCCCGCGUGGGGGCCGCGCCGGCCGAUGCCGUCAGCGCGCCCCGCCCCGCCCCGCCGCUGCCCCGGCCAGCGCCGCUCCGGUGUCGGCGGGGCCGGUCCCUGCCCUCCCCGCCCCUUCCUGUCUCUCUGCUCGCCGGGCCGAGCGUCGGCAGCCGCUGGUCGGCAGCUGGCGGGCGGCGCAUGUACCGGUGGGGGGGUGGCGGGCCGGCGGUGUGCGCGGCGGUGAGGGCGGGGGAGCAUGGCCGCCCCUGGGUCGGACAAGAGCGGCAAGAAGAAGACGGAGAAGAAGCUCGCUGCCCACGAGGAGGCGAAGCUGCUGGCGAGCUUCAUGGGAGUCAUGAACACGAUGCGUAAGCAGAAAACUCUAUGUGAUGUCAUUCUUAUGGUUCAAGACAGAAAGAUCCCAGCUCACCGUGUUGUGCUUGCUUCAGCCAGUCAUUUUUUUAACCUGAUGUUUACUACAAACAUGCUUGAAUCAAAGUCCUUUGAAGUGGAGCUAAAAGAUGCAGAACCUGACAUUAUUGAACAGCUCGUGGAGUUUGCUUAUACUGCAAGAAUCUCAGUUAACAGCAAUAACGUCCAGUCUUUACUAGAUGCAGCAAACCAGUAUCAAAUUGAACCUGUGAAAAAAAUGUGUGUGGACUUCUUAAAAGAACAAGUUGAUGCUUCCAAUUGUCUUGGUAUAAGUGUGUUAGCAGAAUGCCUAGACUGUCCAGAACUGAAAGCCACUGCAGAUGACUUUAUCCAUCAGCAUUUCACUGAAGUUUACAAGACAGAUGAAUUUCUUCAGCUUGAUGUUAAACGUGUGACACAUCUCUUGAACCAAGAUACGUUGACAGUGAGGGCAGAAGACCAGGUUUACGAUGCAGCAGUCAGAUGGCUGAAGUAUGAUGAGCCAAAUCGCCAGCCGUACAUGGUUGAUAUUCUUGCUAAAGUCCGAUUUCCUCUUAUAUCAAAGAACUUCUUAAGUAAAACAGUUCAGGCUGAACCACUUAUUCAGGAUAACCCAGAAUGCCUUAAAAUGGUGAUCAGUGGGAUGCGAUACCAUCUACUUUCCCCAGAAGACAGAGAAGAGUUAGUGGAAGGUACACGGCCAAGAAGAAAAAAACAUGAUUACCGCAUUGCUUUAUUUGGAGGCUCACAGCCCCAGUCCUGCAGAUAUUUUAAUCCAAAGGAUUACAGCUGGACAGACAUCCGAUGUCCCUUUGAAAAGCGCAGGGAUGCAGCUUGUGUCUUCUGGGACAACGUAGUUUAUAUUUUGGGUGGUUCCCAGCUCUUCCCUAUAAAGCGAAUGGACUGCUACAAUGUGGUGAAGGAUAGCUGGUAUUCCAAGCUAGGACCUCCAACACCUCGAGAUAGCCUUGCAGCCUGUGCUGCUGAGGGCAAAAUUUAUACAUCUGGUGGUUCAGAAGUGGGAAAUUCUGCACUGUAUUUAUUUGAAUGCUAUGACACAAGAACAGAAAGCUGGCACACAAAGCCCAGCAUGCUGACUCAGCGGUGCAGCCACGGGAUGGUGGAGGCGAACGGUCUCAUUUACGUGUGUGGAGGAAGCUUGGGAAACAAUGUUUCUGGAAGAGUCCUAAAUUCCUGUGAAGUCUAUGAUCCAGCCACUGAAACGUGGACUGAGCUCUGUCCAAUGAUUGAAGCCAGGAAGAAUCAUGGGCUGGUGUUUGUAAAGGACAAAAUAUUUGCUGUGGGUGGACAAAAUGGCUUAGGUGGCCUUGAUAAUGUAGAAUAUUACGAUAUCAAGAUGAAUGAAUGGAAGAUGGUGUCUCCAAUGCCAUGGAAAGGUGUAACAGUGAAGUGUGCUGCUGUGGGAUCUAUAGUCUAUGUCCUGGCUGGUUUUCAGGGUGUUGGUCGAUUAGGGCACAUUCUUGAAUAUAAUACUGAAACAGACAAGUGGAUAGCUAACUCCAAAGUCCGUGCUUUCCCAGUGACAAGUUGUUUAAUCUGUGUUGUAGACACCUGUGGGGCAAAUGAAGAAACUUUAGAGACCUGAAGACCUGUAGGAGAUGCUGAGACAUUCUUCAAGGACUUGGGGAAAGAUGGCUAUUGGUGCUUUGCUUCCAUGUUUUACUGAAUCUUGUUAAACUGAGUAAUAGGAAAAACUGAGCUGCGGUCUUUCAAUUUGUAUAUACAGCAUAUUGUAUUACAUGGAUUUUGUCAUGCCCAUUUUCUUGUCUGUUUUAAGAGAUGGGGAUGUGUUUUGAGAAUCCGCUUACCUAGCUAAGAUCAUAUGGCAUAUUCCUUUAAAAGGACUCUGUGUGUGGCCUUGUCAAAAAUAGACUCAGUCCAAUUAUUCAGAAAAACUCAAAGCAUCUGAUGAAAAUAAGAUUUCUGGUUAAAUGACACUUUACUCAGCUCAGUUGCAGAGAUUCUUCAUUUAAUAAAGGUGAGUAAAUGCAGCUCGGGUCAUGAGAAACGAUGAGCAAAAUACUCUCUCAUUUAUACCUGCCUGCAGAAAUCUUACUGGGAUGCAAUGAAGAUUUUUUUUUCUCAGGAAAGACCAAGGACAGCAGUAUAAUAAAUGAUUCCCAUGGUGCAUGGGGAUAGGUUAUACAGCCCUCUAGAUCAUGACAGCUGCCCUCUUCCAGUGACUGACUUCAUCAUUUGCAUGACUGCUUAUUGAUUUUUAAAGUUAGACAGGCCAUAUAUAUAGAUCAGAUAAACACUUUGCUAAUGACCUCUUUGGCAUUUUGGGGGGCUUUCACAGACUUUCAUUUUUUAUUAUACUGAGGUAGGGGGACGGUGGGGGAAGUCCACAAUAAUUAUGCACUAUAAUUAGCAAGUUGGAAACUUGGGAUUAAUUUUCAAUAUAUCUUCCCAGGCAUCAGACUGUACAUACUGUGGAUGCCAAGCUAUGACUAAAGAUGGGAAUAGGAAUGGGAAAGCAAAGUCAAUACAACAAAUGUAUUGAUUUUUCUUCUUGAAAAUGACUGUUUUUAAAAUGGCAUGAACCAAGUCAUUAAAGAUAUUUUAUAGAAGUCUUCUAAAGUUGCA